CUUCGCUGUAGUCAACAAAAACAGAUUGCAACUUGCAAAACAUGCGGGAAGAAAAUUACAGAUGGAGUUGCAACAACUUCCAACUUUGUUUGACAUUUGAAGCUGCACUAAGAACGAUUUGAACAAUACCAGAUGAACAAAAGUGUCACAAGUGAACCACGACAGUCUCCAAUCUCACAGUUCAUGGAGAACCGUGUAGGGCAGUACAGCAUGAAUCAUUCACAGCAGAAAGCUAUCAACAAUACAAUACUGUCUGACCUGGUUAUCGAUUGCAACUUGCCUCUGUCUAUUGUGGAAAACAAGAGUUUUCAUCACUCUCUGUCAGUGGUUGACAGUAAGUACAGCCCAGUGUGUCGUAGAACAUUGACAUCAAAAGUAGAGAACCUCGCUACAGAGAGACGUUCAAAACUGAAAACUCAGUUGAGCAACACAGACCAUGUUUCAGUCACAGUGGACAUUUGGUCUGACCGAAAGAUGAGGGGGUUCCUUGGUGUCACUGUGCACUGUAUGGAGAAAGAUGGAGAGAGGAUACAGCUCAAGUCCAAUCCCUUGGCCUGUGACUGCUUCAAAGGCCCACACACGGCCGAAAGAAUCUGUGAGCAAUUUGAGGCCAUAUGUGGUGAGUACAGCAUUAAAGAUAAAUUGGACUAUAUCAUUAGUGACAAUGCUGCCAACAUGAGAAAAGCAUUCACUGUGUGCUUCCCCAUUGAACAAGAAGAUGAAGUACAUGACGAAAAUCACCUUGAUGACCCAGAGCUCUGGAAUGACCUAAACCUGGAAGACCAGCAAACAGUGGAUGCUGCAAUUGCAAAAAAAAACAGCACUUGCAGUGUUUUGCCCACUCUCAAGCCAUUUGGAGAAGCAACAGAUAUGACACAGGGGGAGAAGAUAGUCACAAUCAGUUCUGUUGUUCCCUCUGUCCUGUCCCUGAAUCACCACCUGGAGCAGCGGAAGCCUCAAGUCCAUUUCCUGAGCGGCCUUGUCAGAAGUCCCCAGGCAUCCCUGAACAAAAUAUUUAUUGGAAUCUUCAUCAAUGUGAAAAUGGCCAGGACACAAGAUGCCCCCUUUUCAGAUCCAAUCUACCUAAAAGCAGCUGCCUUGGAGCCUGCUUUUUCUCUGAUGUGGGUGGAGCACCAUGUUCUGGUCAAGGAGGAGGUCAAGGAGGAGGUGGCACAAAGAGUGAAAGAACUGAUGCUACAGGGACUGAGCAAGCUGUGCCUCUUGUUGAUGAGGAAGAGCGAGAGGUCCAUAGUCUUGGACAAGAAGAAGGGCUGUUUGCAGCAUACUGUAAGAAGCUGUUGGGACCACUCCAGCACUACAGCUAAGUCACUACCUUGACAUAUGCGAAGGACAGAGCGCCCUCUUGUUCUGGGCAAUGAACAGGAAGGCUCUUCCUUCACUGUCCUGAGUGGCCAUCAGGGUCUUGGCAGUUACUGCCUCCAGUGCUCCGGUGGAGCGUGUCUUCAGCCAUGGUGGUAUCAUCCUUCGGCCUCAUCGUGCACAAAUGACUGACAGACUUUUAUCGAAUUUGGUCUUUUGCAAAUGCAAUGCAUCAUAGGGUCCUGAGAUAAAAGAAACAUUUUCAUUUUAACUGUAUAUGCAUUACACACACACACACACACACACACACACACACACACACACACACACACACACACACACACACACACACGUAGUCACCAUGUUCAGGUUUUAUCUCCCAUCUUUGGGAUCUGUAUUUUCUUCUCAGACAUUCAGGCCAGUGUUCAAAUUGUAGGCCUACUUGAAGUUCCACAUCAGUUGUUUUGAUAUAUCUUUUAAGAAAUGAUUGUAAAGUUAUGGCAGGAUUGUUUUAGGUGUCUAGAGUAUAUCUGCAGACAGAGAGAGAGCACUACAAUAUUUUGUUUUUGUUUUCAUAUUGAUGUGUCUUUCUCAUAGCUACCCAUGUAUUUCCAUGGAAAUAUAAAGUUUAUUU